GUGGUGUGACUAGUCAAGCAAGCUUCGUGUAGUCGCCAACUUGUCUAUUGUCGUCUAGCAAUGAAUGACUAACUAAAAACAGAAACUAAAAGGCCGAAGUUCUUCAGGGCGCCCAAUCAGCGCUUUAAGAUUUUGAGUGACGUUAGCCGCAGCCUAUCAGAGACCAGCAAUCACUUGAGUGGGAGAAUGAAGACCUUAGUCGUAUUCGACUUUGAUUACACUGUAGUGGAUGACAACAGCGACACAUGGGUGAUCCGCUCGACUCCCGAUCAGAGUUUACCGGACUGCCUGAAGCAGUCGUACCAGAGAGGCCGCUGGACCGAGUAUAUGGGUCGGGUGUUGACCUACAUCGGAGACCAGUCCGUCCACCCGGACCACAUGCGCACGGUCAUGGAGACCAUCCCGUUCACGAAAGGCAUGAUCGAGGUCUUGACAUUCAUAUCUGAGAAUAAGAAAGACAUAGACUGCAUAAUAGUCUCUGAUUCUAAUACACUGUUUAUAGACUGGAUCUUGCAUGUAUCAGGUGUGAAGUCCGCUAUAGAUGACGUAUUCAGCAACCCGGCAAGCAUUGACGCACGCGGGUACAUGAGUGUGCGGUGCUUUCACGCGCAUGACUGUCAGCAGUGCCCUAUAAACCUUUGUAAGAGGAAAGUGCUGAAUGAUUUCAGAGAGAAUCAAGAUAAAGCUGGUGUGCAAUAUCAGAGAAUUUGCUAUGUUGGAGAUGGGGGGAAUGACUUUUGUCCCAUUAAGGAUUUGAAAGAAGGGGAUAUUGCAAUGCCUAGGAAAGGAUUUACACUAGAGAAGCUGUUGUGCAAAGCCAGAUCAGAGGGUUCAACGACAUUUAGGGCGAAAAUUGUACCCUGGGACAGUGGCAAUGUAAUCCUACAAGAAAUAAGAGCACUAAUUGAGUAGCUAAUAUAGCAGAUACUGCUACAAACAACAGGGAUACUGAACCAGCACAAUAUCAAGAUGAAUAUUCUUCAGGAAAUGCAUUAUGCGUUUGCAUAGCUGUUGAUUGAUAAUAUGAGUCAAAUUAUAUAGUUUGAGUCAUAAUAUGCUAAACUGAUAAAAGUGUUUGGGCUUGUUAAAAUAUCUGUUAACAUUGUGUUUCUAAAGGUUAUCUUAAAAAUUUGGUUUCAUGUUUACAUGAUAUGAUUUACAUAUGAAUAUAACUUUAAUUUGUGUUUAUGCCUGUAAUAGUGAUAUUUAAUCAAUUGAGAUUCGUGAUAGAACAUUCAAAUGAACAAAUGUAUGUUUUAACAUUGUUUGCUGUAAUCUGCAGGAUACUUUU